CCCCGUGACGCAAUCACGUCGCCUCACGCUGUGGCGGCGGCACCCGGCGAGAUGUGGCGGCUGAAGGCGCUGCUGGGCCGCGCGCUUCACCGCUGGCAAAUCUCCGGACCCUCACUGCGCCUGCCUCCCACCCACUGUGCCGACGAUGACUUGGUAAACCCAGCGGCUCGGCUGCCUGCCCACUGCACCUUCAGAAGCAGUCCAACAGAUGCUCAGAAUGGAGACGGUGGAGAGGGGAAGCGGGAGGAAGAUGAACAGAGGACUCGGUUUUAUUCCAAGGCCUUGCCACGGUUUUCGGGAUUCGAUGCUGUUGGCUGGGGCGCCGCUGCCGUGGUGUUUCUACAGUUCGCCAGGCAUCUGCAUCACCACUUCUGCCAUCGCGUGGGACCCCCCGAGAGUGAGGCUGCCCCCCAGCUCUGUGUCCCAGGCAUCGUUGCCUCCGCACUGACACCAGACAGAAUCAGGUUCAGUCGCUGUAUCCUGCCACGUGGUGUGGGUCCCGACUCCAUCAGCACCUCCUCUCAGAGUUCCGGCUCGGCGGCCUCCUCCUCCUCUCCUGCAGGGGGCGCAGCUGUCCAUUAUCGGUCCCGUCCAGGGAGCUUUGACAAUGUUGAACAAGAUGGUCCCCUGUUCAUGAAGUGUACAGAACGCUCAGAAUACAAUACCAGAGAUGAGAGCCACCCACAGCCACAGGUCCAGAGGGAGGAAGCGAGUUCAGAAGAAGCUUUAAACCGAGCCACUUCCGACUUACAAGGGGCUGCAAAGUCCAGCAUAUCUUCCAUAUUAAAUAUCAUCGGGCUUGAAAAUGUCAAAGCUCAAGACGAAGACUUGGCUUUCUCCUGUUUCAUGAUAGCAGCCCGACAAGGGUACAGUAAGGCUCAGUACAACGUGGGAGUGUGCUACGAACUGGGGAGAGGCACAGCCAAAGACAUCGAGAAGGCCAUGCUGUACUAUAGUCAGGCAGCAACUCAAGGACACCGCUUGGCCCAGUAUCGUUGGGCAAGGUAUCUGCUGGAGAUCAAGCCAGAAAGGAAUGUUGGAGAUACACAAAGGGCCAUUGAUCAGCUGAAGAAGGCAGCUAAGUCUGGACUCAGAGAGGCUCAGGCGUACUUGGGAGUGUUCUACACCAACAAGCCCCACCGAGACCUGGAGCAAGCUGUCAGCUACUUCUCUAUGGCAGCCAGAAGCGGGGACGCUGCGAGCCAGUUCCACCUGGGGAUGUGCUGCCAGAGAGGCUGGGGCGUACAGACGGACACGGGCAGGGCCGCUGAUCUCUACACACAGGCAGCUGCUGCUGGCCAUCCUGAUGCUCUGUGUGCCCUGGGCGUGCUCCACCAGCAAGUACAAGCAGGAGGCCGAGGAGGGUCGUGGGGCAGUUCCUCACUGCGGUGUGUGUUGUCCUCGCCCAGUCUCCAUGCCCAGGGUACACCGGAGGCACUGUUCCCCCGGCAACAUGGUGCGCCUGAUGCCGACACGGUCUCCCAGCCUCCGGGCGUCCCUGUUGCCACCCUGCUGCCCCACUCCUGGAGUACCGGAUGCCUCCGAGCCUCGCCGCUCAGCGCCAGAACUCCGUGCCUCGGCGCCAGUCUGCCUGAGGCGGAACACUGGGGGGGAUUCCCGACGGCACGACGCGCCUUCCUCGCCGGCGUGGGGUGACUCCCGCAGAACCGUCCCAUCGAACAACACCUUCCUGCUGUCACGGACUGAGGGCUCUUCCCGUUCCCUCCCGAGAUGGAGCCAUGUCUCGCUGUGCUGAGACCAGGGCAGGUGAAGAUGCCUCAAACAGUAAUCCCCAGAGAUAUGGGCACCACCCUAUCUUGGUCAUCUGUUGCUGGCCCUGCUUUGUUCUGGCCUUUUCGUACCUCCUGUACCCUCCCCCCUACUUUCAAUCUGAAGAAGGGUCCCGACCCAAAAUGUAACCUAUCCAUUUUCUCCAGAGAUUCUGCCUGACUCGCUGAGUUACUCCAGCUCUUUGUGUCUAUCUCCGAAGGAUAUAAACUUUACUAGAAACCUGGUCUUGAAGAACAUCGACGUAACAUACUGAUCAAAGUCAUUAUGGUGUGACUUCAACUAUGUUGGAACUCACAAACUUUAAGCGCAUUCCCACUAAUCUCUCGGUGGAUACUCACUGGAUGUUUGGAUGCUGGAGUAACUCAGCGGGAAAGGUAACAUCUCUGGGGAGAAGGAAUGGGUGACGUUUCGGAUCGAGACCUUUCUUCAGACUAAUCUUUCUAAAGCCGGUGUAAUUGCUCAGUUGGUGGAGGGAAUUGUACAUUGAGUUUAGGGGUCUGCAUCAUCUAGAGUCAUACAGCAUAGAAACGGGCUUAUUCAAUGGUGGCACAGUUGCUGCCUCAAAGCGCCAGAGACCCGGGUUCGAUCCUGACUAUGGGUGCUGUCUAAACAGAAUGUGUACGUUCUCCCCGAGACUGUGCGGGUUUUCCCCGGGUACUCCGGUUCCCUCCCACGCUGGUCAGUAAGGACCUGGUGGGCCGAAGGACCUGCUUCUGUGCUGUAUCUCUAAACUAAACUAAGGUGCGCACUGGUAAUUGUGUCCAGAUUAAAGGACGUGCCGGAUGGAACAGUUGCUGGGAAAUUGGUGGUGGAUCUGGACAUCAAAGGUCUGGAGGAAAACAGGGUCAAACGUGUGCAAAUGGGACUAGUUUGAAUGGGGCAUCAUGGUUGGGGUGGACACCCUCUCUCUCUCUCUCACCCCCUCUCCCUCCCUCCCUCUCUCUUAACCCCCCUCGCUCUCAUCCCCUUUCCCUUCCUCUCUCACCCCCUCCCUCCCUCUCACCCCAACUCCUCUUUCUCUGUCUCUUCCACCCAGGUCAUUCCUCCUCCUCCCCACUCCCGUCUGUCCGGCAGAAGGUAGAGAUAACUUGUUGGGCCGAAUGGCCUGUUUCUGUGCCCUAUGACUCUCGGAUAUGUCACUGCAUAUAAAUAAAUAUAAUUUAUUAAGAUCAGCAGAGGUACGAGGGGUUUCCAUCGUACGCUCCCACUGGUGUUUACACCUGCGUGUGUCCAACCGUGGCAGAGUGCGACAUUCCAGGGCCGGAGAGCUGAGAGGGAACCACGCUGGUCUGGGACAGUCUGGCGUCUGACCCUCACUCCCCCUACUCACUGGACUAUUUUACCAUGUGUGCUGACACCUAAACUGUAGAGCCCAUCAGAAUGCGUUAUCUAAUAACGCUUGGAGUUCAGUUGAUAGGCUUCAAGCCUCCUUUAUUCACAGCUUCAGACGCAGGAGACAAAUCUAUCUCCGCUAAUUUACUUUAGAAACAAAGAACUGCAGAUGCUGGUUUAUACCAAAGAUAGACACAAAGUGCUGGAGUAACUCAGCAGGUCAUGCAGCAGCUCUGGAGAAAAGGGAUGGGUGGCAUUUCGGGUCAGGACGCUUCACCAGACUGAAUGGCUAUCUUAUGGUUUACUUUAGAUUUUAAAGAUACAGUGUGGAAAGGGGCCCUACGGCCCACAAAGUCCGUGCCGACCAGCGAUCACCCCGAACAGCCAAAUGACCAGUUACUAUGCUGUAUCUCCAUCACACACUAUGCCAGAUUUCAUUGCUUAAGCCCUUGCAUUACAUCGGCACGUGUAGUGAAGGGUUGUAUGCUUUUUCUGAGUGAUGUUACUGAAACAAACUAUUUAAUUAAAGUUGUGCUGGAAA